GAAAACUGCUUAUCUGGAUGGAUAACCUUUAGUCUGUUCUUAGCUAUAUUAACAUAAUAAUUUAGUGUCUAUUUUAUAUGUGCUAAUUUUAGUAGUUUUUUUAAAUAAGUUAGCUGGCAAUCUGCAACAUCAUGGUGUGUGCAAUGGUACUAUUUCUGGCUGUGGCCAUUGCAAUUUUAAUUGUAACAAAACUGUUAAAACCCAAGAAACUUUGGCGACAAGGUUGCGUAACAAUAAAGACCUUUAGCAACGAUCUAAGGAUAGCAUGGAACCUCUUAAGGAUAAAGAUACUUCUCAGCAAGCGGCGUUUUGAUAACCUGGCUGUUUAUACACAAUUUUCCAAAAUUGCGAGGAAGUAUCCACAGAAAACCGCAUUUAUUUACGAAAACGAAACGUGGACUUUUUCAGAUGUACUAAAGCUUUCCGACAAAGUUGCAAAUUACUUCAGCGCCCAAGGAUACCAAAAGGGCGACUGCGUGAGUUUAAUGUUAGAAAACUGUCCAGAUUACCCUUGCAUAUGGUUGGGCAUAUCGAAACUGGGAGUAAUGACAGCCCUAAUUAACACAAAUUUAGUGAGGCAUUCUUUGGCCCAGUGCAUCAGGGUUAGUAACUGCAGGGGAUUGAUAUUUGGUGCAAAUUUACGUAGCGGUGAGUUUGAAGUGUGAGACACGGUUACAUUUUGUUACUUUAGGGGUUGAAGAUAUAGCGGGUGAGUUUGCCCAAAUGGAGCUGUUCGAGUAUGAUCGCAAUCAUGGCGGACAUGUCAGAUAUACUAAUCUUAAACGUGAAAUUGACAACUGCUCGAUAGGAGAUACGUCACGUUUCCCCAAAAUUAAAGGAAACGAUACUUUGCUUUACAUUUAUACGUCCGGUACGACCGGAUUUCCCAAACCCGUAGUAGUUUCACACACUAGAUACUUAACCUUGGUGUGUUUUAUGGAAGCUCUACUUCUGAGGACGGACGUUAUAGCUUAUUGCCCCAUGCCUCUCUACCAUUCCUUCGGAACUGCAGCAAUAGCGCUAACGGUAGUAGAUGGUGGAACCUUGGUACUGAAAGACAAAUUUUCCGCCAGCCACUACUGGAGUGACUACGCCAAGUUUAAAUGCAACGUGAUAUAGGUAGCUCUAUACAUUGGUGAAAUGUGUCGAUAUAUACUUAUUAUCCGUACCCCAGGAUGAUGCUAUCAAACACAACGUAAAAUACAUAUUUGGAGCUGGCUUACAACGUCAUUUAUGGAAAGCGUACGUAGAGAAAUUCCAAAUUGAAAAUGUCCACGAGUUUUAUGGGUCAACCGAAGGAAAUCUUCGACUGGGUGGGUUAUCUAGUGCUAGAACAUCAUCAAGAGAGGUCGUUUGUAGUGAACAUCGAUAAUAAGGUGGGAAGCGUUGGUUGCAUUCCAAACCGCUUGAAAGGCCUUAUGGGAAUAUUUCUCAUCAAAUAUGAUCCGAAUACGGGAGAACCCACCCGGGAUACUAAUGGUAGAUGUAUUAGGUGCGGUUCAAAUGAGCCUGGGCUGAUAAUAGGAGAAAUCAGGUCCAAAGUACCGUUGGACGGUUUUUCUCGUUACUUGGAUGUGGAUGCUUCUGAGAAAAAAAUACUUUCAGACGUCUUUGUCAUCGGUGACAAAUACUAUAAUUCGGGAGAUGUACUGAGUUGCGACGGGUUGGGGUAUUUUUAUUUUCAAGAUCGUGUAGGCGAUACAUUUAGGUGGAAAGGGGAGAAUGUUUCCACAGCCGAAGUCGAGGACAUAAUAUGUAAAACCACAAAAUUGAAUCAAGUUAACGUGUACGGGGUUGAGAUACCUGGAACUGAUAUAGGUAUGGCAGCCAUACUAGACAAAGAGGCCGAGUUACUAUUAGAUGUCUUGGGAAAUGAACUCAUAUCAAAUCUUCCAUCGUACGCAAUACCUGCCUUUAUAAGGGUUCUUGAGGCUCUUCCGGUGACAGGAUCGUACAAAUUAAAGAAAGUGAAACUACAGAAAGAGGGAUUCAACAUCAAUAUGAUUAAGGACAAAAUUUACAUUCUGAGUUCGGGGAAAUAUAUUCCAUUAACCAAAGAAAUAUACAAUGACGUGAUAAACAAUAGAUUACGAUUUUGAUCGUGCUAUGAUUACGUACCUACAUCAGUUAAAUAUAUUCUGUAGAUUUUAUAUUUACGUUGCUAAAUCAUUUUGUAUGUAUAUAGAAUAGGCACUGCCCUCUUACCGUUGUUAAGCUGAAUUUAUAGUUCCGUAUCUGCAACGCCGUACCGUAACGUUUGGAAUUAAACGCUACUUGUUGCACGUGA